AUGGUAAGUCUCUGGGUGCAGGGCAAUGCUGAUGUGGUUCCUGGAGGACUAUGUCCCCAUAUUAAGAACCUGCAAAUGUCCAACAGCAGCUCCAUCACUGAGUUCCUCCUCCUGGCAUUCGCAGACACACGGGAGCUGCAGCUCUUGCACUUCUGGCUCUUCCUGGGCAUCUACCUGGCUGCUCUCCUGGCCAAUGGCCUCAUCAUCACUGCCAUAGCCUGCGACCACCACCUCCACACCCCAAUGUACUUCUUCCUCCUCAACCUCUCCCUCCUCGACCUGGGCUUCAUCUCCACCACUCUCCCUAAAGCCAUGGCCAAUUCCCUCUGGGACACCAGGGCCAUCUCCUACACAGGAUGUGCUGCUCAGGUCUUUUUCUUUUUCUUUCUGAUGCCAGCAGAUUUUUCCCUCCUCACUGUCAUGGCCUACGACCGCGAUGUUGCCAUCUGCCAACCCCUG